UUCAGCUCGCUUCAUUCCCGCAUACGUUCAUCGGUUUAUCUAACAGAUGUCGUUGGCGCUGUUGUUAGCAUAACAGGCGUUUCUAGCACUGUAACUUCAUUCGGUACCACUGUGCGGAGUGAUUUGGUGCUUCAGAAUGAAAAUCACAUGUUUCUUGAUAUCAGUCUGUGGAGUGAUAUAGCUCGGAAUCUCAAUGGUCAGGAACUGGCUGUCCUUGGUCGUUCUGGGCCAGUUAUGCUUGCUGUUUGCUCACUUCGAGUCACUGGCGCUACGAAAGGAGGUUACUCUCUUACCAGUACUCCAGGCACACGUUGUGUUCUCAACCCUGUUUCUGAAAUGGCUCACCUGGUCCAAUCUGUGUUCUUUGCCAGCACUAAUACAUGUCAAUAUUACCCUCCGAGGUUUGCAACUCCUAAUGAGGCAGCGGCCUUCGAAGCUGAAUGUACGAAGACUGUGUCACAACUACUUGCCUUGUGUUUUCCACCUGUUGCCGAUUCUACGCGUUACCAUUGCUCUGGUCGGAUUGUUUCGGUUGAUUCUUCUAUGCAGUGGUACUACUUGGGUUGUGCGCUUUGUUCCAAAGCAGCCAUAGAUUAUGAUGGUGUUGACAAAUGGUGUGAUGACCACCGUCGUUUGGUGCCUCAACAAACACAGAACUUUUACAAACUUCGGGUAACAGUUGAUGACAACACUGGAUCAGCAGCUUUUGUUCUGCUGGGUAGGGCCGCUGACCUUCUUGUGGGCUUGACUGCUAACGAUCUCUCUACUAGGUUUCCUUACCAACGCAAUGUUCUUCCACAAGAACUUCUGGCUCUUGAAGGGCGAGACUUUACUUUUGACGUCCAGCUUCCAAAACCGGAAUAUGGGGCUCGUGGCCCGCCAGAAUUCACGGUCCUUGCUGUCAAUGAGCAAGAACAGCCAAAUUCCUGCUCACCAACUCUUGGUCGCCGGGCAAGAAAUGCUAUGCCCCAUACACCACCUCCUAACAGUCCUCACUUGAUGCCUCUUACUUCUCCAUAUGUUGUUCCAACAAUGCAGAACGCUUCGGUAGAGCAUGGUUCUUCUGUUGCUUCACCAAGUGGGAGUUCUCAGCUUGCAUUUUCUACUCCUCCACGUCGCCCCUAUAGCAGUAGGCGCAUCGCUGCUGUAUCCUCGCCCUCAUCUGCUGCAUUGGGAAGUUCUGUAGCUUCUUCUCCUGAACUUGGUCGUACUGAGAUUGUUUCCUAUGCGCGGUCAGUUUCUUGCCUUUUCCUGUGUUACCUCAAUCGUUCGCCUUUACGCCUGCUAAUAUUUGUCAAUGACUCUUGCACACCCGUUUUAACUGCUUCUUAGCCCUAGAAGUGAGGAAGUGCCCCCAGAAACUGCAACACAGCGAUCCCCACAGUACCUUUCCUCCUGUUAACUUACUUACUAGCUUUACGUGUCUCUUUCUUUCCUUGCUGAGCAUCUCUGUAUCAGGGAACUUGCUUCGGACACUACAGAAGCUACUGUGCAGAACAAGAACAUUAGUUCGCAGAAAGCGAAGCCGAAGAAACCAUCUGCUAAGAAGAAGAAAACUGGAGGUGCAGGUGCUGCGCGUCGUCCUGCAGUUACUCUUGAAGAAACCGAUGUUCCGAUAUCGUCCCUUCAGAUCCCUGUUGGACAUCCUUUGCCAACCGAAUCGGCGAAUCCUGACUCUGGAAAUCUUAAUGCCCUCGGUGUCAAUUUGCAGACAACAACAAUUCAGCCUUUGUCACAGCAACCUGUGUCUAUAAAUCCUGCACCUGUACGUCGCCGUCGCUUGGUUGUUUCUUCUGAUGAAGACGAACCUGUUGUCCCUUUGGAACUGCAAGACUUGGACGUUGAACUUCCACUGCAAGAACAGGCUAUUGAAAACUCUUCGACUUGUCCUGUUCCUACCGUUGACUCUACUUUGCCUUCUCCUCUUCUUGCUGGCCAAGAAGUUCCGCUACUUCCAGUGGGGAAAACUAAUCCUGGGAGGGCAAAGCGAAUUAGGACACCGUCUGCAAAGGCCAUUGAAGCAUCUGUGGAUGCCUCCAAGAGGAAGCCAAAAACUCCCAAAUCGUCUGCUAAGGAACCUGCUAAGAAGCAACUGUUUGCUGAUUGACCGUGAUUCGCAUCAUGCGAGUGCUAAUGUAACAUGCUUGUGCAGUGCUGUCCCUCCC